CCAUCUUUCCAGGAACGCACAGAUUCCCUUAGCUCCACCAAAUCUUCUGGAGUUUCUGUUACCUCUACCUCCAUCAUGGCUGAGCACAGAGCUGGUGAAUGGGCUGGGACCUGGGUCCCCUUUUCAGGUACCCACGUAUGAAGUACUACUUAAGCCCUGACAACUACCCUGAAGAUGGAAUUAUGAAUAUGGCAACUUUUCUGCGGGGCUUUGAAGACAAGAGGAUAAAAAACGACCGGCCUGAGGACCAGUUCAGUAAAGAGAAAAAGAAAAUCCUGUUCUCCUUCUGUGAGGUGUGCAACAUCCAGCUGAACUCUGCCGCCCAAGCCCAGGUCCAUUACAACGGCAAAUCCCACCGCAAGCGCGUCAAGCAGCUGAGCGAUGGGCAGCCUCAGCCCCCGGCUCAGGGUGCGGGGCCGCUGCUGGCCAGCCCCAGCGCCACCAGCACAGAGCUUCCUCCGCCUCCACAUUGCUGGGAUGGCAUGUCUUUACUGUGACAUAACUAAAGACGUGUUAUCCAGGGUGAAGAUUCUACAAAAAGUGAACCUCCUACCCAGGUUUACCCGGGAGGCCAAGACAAGCCUCCUCCUGCCUGUGGGGGAAGAGCUCCAAAUUCCACUCUAGCCCCGUCUGCUCUGGUGACAGGCAGACCUGAAGGGAGAUGAUGUUGGAAUUUCACGCGGGGCUGUUCCAUAGUUCUUGGUUUUGUGAAGUUAUGACAUGAUCCUUAUGAAACUCCAGGGUAAAUUGUUUGUAUGUGUGCUGUAGAUACAUAUUUUUUUAUAUUUCAAAUUAACCUAACUCCUUUAUAGCAAUUUAAUUUCAGUAUAUAAUUUCCCCAGUCGAUGCUGGUCAUGCGGUGAAAGACUUACAGGAACUUAUAGGAUGCACGCUUAUUAGGGAAAUUAUUUUUUUCAUUUUGUGUUUAUGUAUAAUUAUAAUUAUUAUCAGUAUAAAUACUGACAGGUAACAUUAAUGUAUCUGUACUUUA